CUUCUUUCCCAAACAAGAGAGUAAUUCUUUUCAAACCCUCAGUCUUCCAUUUCCAUGGCAGAAGAGAGACGCGUGGUUACUGUGGGUGGAAAAGGCUCAUCACUGUCGUCCUCCUCCGUCUUCGAAAUCGCCAACGGACUCAGUCGCCCGAGAAUUGACUCUUCAGCACUCUCCAAAGUAUCAUCUUCCUCCAAUUCCAAAACCAGCAACAACACUAAUGCUCCUACACAAUCUUCCGCAUUUUCAGUACUCAGUAAUUUAACACCCGAGGAGUCUAAAGCUUCUCUUGUAGUUCUCCUAAACAAGCUCUUACUCUCUUCUUCGUCUUCCGCUGCCGUCACUCAGCUCUAUGAUAUCAUCCUCAAUGACGUGUCCUCGAUUUCGUUUGAUAAUACUAUUGACGGCGUUUCGCCAGGGGAUUUUUCUGUAGCAGCAAUAUCUGGAAUCUCCGCUAUAUUGGAUCAUAGAAGUUCAGCUUUGUCUGUUAUUAUUGACGCCGUUGCUGCCUUGUCCUGCGAGGCCUUGGGUGCGGACAUAUCAGCUUUCAACUUGAAUGAUUCCGGUGAUGGUUCCACUGCCAAGGACGUCGUGUCCGUGGCUGCUGACGUCAAGAUCUUACUUAACGGUUCUAAAUUCGUGAACAAAAAUAGUGAUGAACUUGCAGUUUCUAGUGUUCCAGUUGUGCACGGCAAGUUUAGAGAAAUUUGCCGGCUCCUGCACUCCAGCACACGUGUGCAACUGAACUCUGCUGUUGUAUCUAAUUCAGGAUCUUCUGGAACAGCUAGUGCAAUGUGCACCACAUUGUUUUCAUUGGCUGUGGCACUUAAAGAUUUGGGCAACAUCAGUUAUAACAGAGCGAAGCGCACCAGAGAUGAUGAAAUUUCUGCAAUGCUGCAAAAAGAAUGUCCUCGACCUGAUCAGCUGAAAGCUGUUUUUGCGUCUUUGGUUUCAGCUCACUCGGAUGAGGAAUAUGUUAAGUUUUCACAUGAUGUUAACUCCUUACUGAUGAUGGUAGAGAAAAUAGUUUCAUGGGAGGCCUUAGCUGCUUUCUUUUCGCUCGAAGAAAAAGACUUUAUCAGCGGUAAUACGAGUGUAUGCGAGGACAGUGCAAAAGCAGGUAAAAAAGGAGGCAAGAAGAAGAAGAUUCUUGGUAAAGGUACCACUGCUCUGCUGCAAUUUUUGAAGGAUAGGCUGCUGAGCAUGCCUAUUCAGACUGAGGCAUUCGAGAAUUUGGUUCGCCAUUUCUUGUCUCUGCUGGACCCGAAGGACUCGGGAUUUGGCACAUUACUGAGAAAGGUGAAAGAUAUUGUGGAGAGCAAUGAGAGCCGGCGGUUGCCUAAACUUCCAAAGGGUACGCGUGAUUUUGCAAAAGAACAGAUGGCUAUAAGAGAGAAAGCAUUCUCAAUUAUAGUUGAGGUUUUCAAAAGGCAUGGUGCUUCAGCUUUGGAUACUCCUGCUUUUGAAAUGAGAGAGACACUGAUGGGAAAAUACGGGGAAGACUCAAAAUUAAUCUAUGACCUUGCUGAUCAGGGGGGAGAACUUUGCUCUCUUCGUUAUGACCUGACAGUUCCGUUUGCUAGAUACGUAGCAAUGAAUGGUCUGACAUCCUUCAAGCGUUAUCAGAUAGCUAAGGUGUACAGAAGAGAUAACCCGUCUAAGGGUAGAUACCGUGAAUUCUACCAAUGUGAUUUUGAUAUAGCUGGUCAGUUUGAGAAGAUGAUGCCUGAUUUUGAGGUCAUAAAGAUUUUGACCGAGUUGUUAGAUGAGCUUGAUAUUGGAGAGUAUGAGGUAAAGCUUAAUCACAGAAAGCUGCUUGAUGGUAUGUUAGCUAUAUGCGGGGUGCCACAAGAGAAAUUCAGAACCAUUUGUUCAAGCAUUGACAAGCUGGAUAAACAAUCGUUUGAGCAGAUAAAAAAAGAAAUGGUGGAUGAGAAAGGCUUAAGUGAUGAGAUAUCAGACAGAAUUGGUACAUUUGUCAAAUGGAGGGGACCUCCUGUGGAAUUAUUAUCUAAGCUUAAGCAGGAACGCAGUUUCUUGGAGAACAAUGAAUCCUCACUUGCAUUGGAUGAAUUAGACAUCAUGUUUAAAGCUCUUGAGAGGUCCAGGUGUAUUGACAGAGUCGUUUUUGACUUGAGCCUUGCAAGAGGUCUUGACUACUACACAGGAGUCAUAUUCGAAGCUGUCUUUAAAGGAGCUACUCAGGUUGGUUCGAUUGCUGCUGGUGGACGUUAUGACAAUCUAAUAGGGAUGUUUGGCACACGGCAGGUUCCUGCUGUUGGGAUUAGUCUGGGAAUCGAGAGAGUGUUUGCAAUCAUGGAACAGGUUCAGAAAGACAAGAAUCAGGAAAUCCGAGCCACUGAAACUCAAGUUCUCGUUAGCAUUCUUGGUGAUGACAGUGCUUUAGCUGCUGAGCUGGUUGGUGAAUUGUGGAAUGCUAAAGUGAAAGCAGAAUUCAUGAUACAUAAAAAAGUGAUGAAGCAUAUUGAUCGGGCCAGAGAUUCGAGGAUCCCUUGGAUGGUACUUGUUGGUGAACGCGAACUUAGCGAAGGAGUUGUAAAAUUGAAGGAUGUUGUUGCAGCUAUUGACUAUGAAGUCCCCAGAGGUAACCUUGUGAACGACUUAUGCAGACGAUUAGACAUGUAAUAUCUAGUUAUUAAUAUUGUUAGAUUGAUACAAGAAUGCUUUUUUGGGGGGUGGGGGUUAAAAUCCUCCAUUUUGGUGGGGGUUAGCAUUGACCCCUACCUGUCCAUUAAUCCACACAAGUUACAUUUUGAGAACCCAUUGCGUGUGAAAUAAACUAAACUGAGAUUCUGUAAGUGCAUUUUACAUUGAUGGGAGGACUCCUUCCUUUAACACUUAGUCUAACUUUAAAAUGGAUUA